GUUACACAAGGACUUGAAGGACAGCCCACCGAUGGCCACAUCGCUGAACGCCAUUCCCGCUCACCUUAAGCUACAAAACGCAUCACUCGUUACGUUCAAGAAGUCUCCCGUAAAUAGCGAUGCCUUGAGUUUAAGUAACUCUACAUUCACUGAAUCGGGUCUUACGGACUGUUCGCCUAUCGAUGAUGACAACCGAUCCAUAAGAAGUGAUUUGUCCGCAGAGAGCGAUCAGUUCGUUGUCGUCGGCUUUGAGACCAUGACUCGAGAAGAAGAAGAGGACAUCUUUAGUACAAACCGUAUCGAAGCGGCCGAUGAAGUGACGGAACACUCGGUGGUUGAGUCGCCGUCUGACGACUCGGACGCCGUCGACACGAGUCCAUCCAAUUCGAUGACCGAAAAUCCACUGACCGUUACUUUGGUUCAGAUAAAGAUCCAAAAUCUAAGUCUCGCUCAACAGUCAAAAGGAUUUCAUUCAAAGAUAUUGAUGCGAACAUCGGAUGUCUUAUUGUCUGAAUUCAUUAAAAUACCGUUCAAUGAAUACCAGACACUCGUUAAUCAAAGGGUUGUGAAUAACACUAAUAAUACACUGAAUUCAGCGAAUAGUAUGAGUUCUGAAGUGAAGCUUCGGUUGGAAUCGUUUGCGAAACUCAAUUUGAAAGACGAGUUAAUCUCUGUUUUAGUCAACAAUUUGGAGCUAACGCUACACAUGGACUCAGUUAUGCUUUUAAACGAUUUCAUCACCGAUCCGGACAUGGCUUACGUCCCGCCGACUAAUAUACUGUUGAAUAACGUAUGCAUUACUCUAAUGGACGAUAAGGUGAGUGCACCGCCGCUGGCGCUCAAAGUGCCCCACCUUUCGGUCCAAAGGGAUCGAUACAAUCAAAUGACUGUCACUCCGCUCAACACAAAUGUCAGCGCACAUACGGAACAGCUAUUGAUUCCACAUUUGAAAUUACGGCUACGAAAUGGACAGAGAAGUGACUCGUCUAUUGAUUUGGCCACUAAUGAGAAGAGGGAACCAAACGAUGACAACGAUGUGUUGGAUCAGGUGUUGAAGAAGAACGAGAUUCUUACGGAACAAAUGCAGAGAUUAGUGAUAGAGAAUAUAGAGCUGAAGAAGCAAAUCAAUGAUCGUAUUCAUCAAAGUUAGACAUUAAGUACUCUCUUUCACACCACAGAUAUCCUUAAGAUGUAAACACAUUCUUCUCAACACUUUUAAAACUUUUAUUUAUUUUUAAGAAAUUUUAUUUAAAGCUAUAGUAAUAUAAAUAAUGAGACAAUUUAUAAAGUGAUACAAAUAUAGAUAAUAUAAAUUCCCAAAUAGUGUACAGUUUUUGGUAUCAAUUGUACGCUAAAUGAGUGGCUAAUUAUGGAAACACGUGUCCAUUAAUCAAUGUAUGGCUAAAAGUGUUGUUGUUUUUGCAUUCAAAGUGAUUUAUUGGCACACAAUUAGUGUCACAUCCUAUCAAUCAUGACUGGAAGUGAUGUCUUGAGCCAUACCUAUAUCUACCACUCAAUCGUUAAGACUUUAUACAACUGCUUAAAUGCAAUACAAUUUUACUCAAUAUAUCAAUAGUUUAUAAUUAUUACAAACAGUAUAUAAGGUCUUAAAUGUGUGUCUAUUUUGCGGCUAAACUGUCCCCUCAAUGGAGCC